GAGCACAUCCACUGACAGCCAAUGACAGUAGUAAUCUUUUAUAACAUAAACAUCGGAUCAUUGAAAAGCCAGUCGCUGGGCGUCAGCAAUCGUAAGGAGGCCACCUGCACUGCAUUAUGCAUCAACUGGUUUCGCUUUGGUUUUGCAUUUCACUCGUUGCCACCACCAUCUUCACUCUCACCCGCUGCACUCCGUUUGAGGAUGGGAACAACAACAAUGUCAAGAUCACCAAACGGAGCCUGGAGCUGACACAAACCAUCAAUAUCCAGCGGCAGGAGUAUAUGCAGCGGCAAUGCGAGCUACUCGGCGAGCACACCCAGACCCAGGAGGAUCUCACGGAGCUGCAAAUGGAUCAUAUGAUUGUGGACAAGCAGCACAAGCUGCUCUACUGCUAUGUGCCAAAGGUUGCCUGCACGAACUGGAAGCGAGUGCUGAUGCUACUAACGGGGAAGUGGCAUAAUGGCACAGAUCCCCUGCAAAUCCCCGGUUCUCUGGCCCAUUCGGUGGGCAUGUUCGCCAAGUUCUACGAUUUGAGCGAUCAGGAGAAGCAGCAGGUGCUCAGCGAAGACUAUACGCGCUUCAUCCUGGUGCGGCAUCCGUUCGAGCGGCUGCUUUCCGCCUAUCGCAACAAACUGGAGGGUGAUUCCCCGAGUGCUCGGUACUUUCAGUCGCGUGUGGGCAGGCAGAUUGUGCGGGAACUGCGCCCGGAAGCCAGCAACAAGUCGCUAGAACAUGGGGACGACGUCACGUUUGGAGAAUUCGUGGAGUAUCUGCUUACUCCAGAGCUCAGCAGGGCCAAUCAAUCGGCGUACAAUGAGCACUGGGAGGUGAUAGCCAAGCUGUGCAAUCCCUGCGUAAUGAAAUACAAUGUUGUGGGCAAAUAUGACACAUUGCUGGAUGAUUCCGCAUUGGCGUUGUAUCUGGCCGGUGCCACAAAUCUGACAUUCCCCACCGGCCACAAACCCUCCAGCACGCGUGCCAAUCUUCGUAAAUACUUCGAUCCCCUGCCAAUCGGUGCUAUACGCCAGUUGUACGAAAUCUACGAGGAGGACUUUCGCUUCUUCGACUACGGCAUGGACGAUGUUCUGGGCUUCGAAUUCGGCUGAAUGAAUGAAUUUGUAAUGUGAAUGUUCUCUGCUAUGUCCGAGUCACUACCAUAACGCUUUCCACUGGAAAAGAAUGUGAUUUUUAUCAUAGGAUUCGUAUUAGCAAAUUUUGGUUUAGUUAACGUUUAGUGAAGCGCCAUGCGAAUAUUAUUUUACAUUCACCCCUCUCCACACAAAUAUCACAAACAUUAUUCGAUUAUUACUCGUAGUAGUUGUGUUCGGUUUGUUUAAGAGAUUAUUAAUGCAAUCAAAGUGUUAAUUUGUUAGGGAAAUUAUACUGUAAUCAUACGUUUACAUAUUGUACGAUAAUAUAAGUAUUUUAUUUGAUUUUAGUUAUACGCCAAAUGUAGUUAAACGUAUUAAAUGUAUUCGGUUAUGUUGGAACAAUACUUUGACGUUUGUGUUUAAAUUAGAUUAGUUAGAUUUAGAAUGGACAACAGUAUACCUUCAGUUUGAUGCGUAAAUGGUUUGGAGGAUAGUCUAUAAAUAUUGUAAUCUGUAAGAAUUAUUAUUAUAGAUUGAUGCUUAAAAGAUGUGGAAGAUAACUCUGCACAUAUUGCAAUCUCUUAGCAUUGCAUUGUUGAAGACCAAGAACUAUAUAGUAAAUUGUAUAGUUGACAGCAUGUUCACCAUUUCAAUCCUUGACGAUUAUUGUCAUUAUUUCAGUUCGAAGCUUUGGCCUCCAGUUGAUCAGUAAAUAUGCUUAUCACUGAGCAUUACAUUGUAAGGCUCAAACAUACUUAUUAUAAUUAACGUUCGAAGCUUAAGCCUCUCGAAUAAUCUAUUCUGUAAAUAUGGUAAAUUUAAAAUCCGAACUAAAAUUGUGUUGGGAUAUUGUAUUAUUUAUCUAUUGCGUUGUGAAGUCAAAACCUCAUUAAAAUUAUUAUAGUUCGGUGCAUCAUAGUGCAUCAGACCCUCUGUAAGCAUUUUAAUCUUAAGCAUUAUUUUCUUGACGACAAACGACCUUUAAAUUACUUCUCAGCUUAAAUGUUGGGUGUGAUACUCUGUAAAUAUUGCAAUCUGUAAGAAUCACAUAGCGGGGUUUCAACAUGUUUAUUAUUAAAGUUAUUUGAUUUUUA